GCUCGGUGUUAACCGCAGUAGUCACUCCAGAAAAAGGGAAGUAAGAAAAGUACAUAUUGUCAUCCAGAAAUUAAAAUAUUCCAGGGAUUUCUCCUAAAAUUCAUCACCGCAACAAAAAGGAUAUUUAACUAAGAGCAAUGUUAAACUGCUGAAAGAGGUGAAGCACAAGACAUCCUGAAGAAUCUCCAAAACACGCAGAAAUAGUUUGAUACGUUUAACAGAUAAACAAAGCAAGGUCCCGACAUGGAGAAACAUCACCAGCGCAUUCACACAGGAGAUAAACCGUAUAACUGCUCAGACUGUGGGAAGACUUUUACUCAACAGAGUAAUCUCAAAAAACACCAGCGCAUUCACACAGGAGAGAAACCGUAUUACUGCUCAGACUGUGGGAAGAGUUUUAAUCUACAGAGUACUCUCAAAAUACACCAGCGCAUUCACACUGGAGAGAAACCAUAUCACUGCUCAGACUGUGGGAAGAGUUUUAAUCUACAGAGUACUCUCAAAAUACACCAACGCAUUCACACAGGAGAGAAACCGUAUCACUGCUCAGACUGUGGGAAGAGUUUUACUAAACAGAGUACUCUCAAAAUACAUCAGCGCAUUCACACAGGAGAGAAACCGUAUCACUGCUCAGACUGCGGGAAGAGAUUUACUACACAGAGUCAAUUCAAAAUUCACCAACGCACUCACACAGGAGAGAAACCAUAUUACUGCUCAGACUGUGGGAAGAGUUUUAAUCAAGAGGGUCAUCUCAAACGACACCAGCGCAUUCACACAGGAGAGAAACCGUAUCACUGCUCAGACUGUGGGAAGAGUUUUAAUCGACAGAGUAAUCUCCAAAAACACCAGCGCAUUCACACAGGAGUGAAACCAUAUCACUGCUCAGACUGUGGGAAGAGUUUUAAUCAACUGAAUUAUCUUAAAAAUCACCAGCGCAUUCACACAGGAGAGAUAACUGUCCCAGAUGUGUUUCACUGCAAAAAAAAAAGUGCAAAUUCUAAAUCCUAAAUUCCAAAUUCUUUGACAGCCAAAACACCUUAUUCCACUCAGAAUCUUCACUCUGUCACUUGAGACACAUUCCACCAGAAACAAACAAGAGACUGAUAUAAACAAUGGCUUUUACAGAUUCAGCAAAAUGAAUCUUAUCUGGGGAUGUUGUUUAAUGUAUUCCAUUAUAUGUUUUCCCCAGACAUGUAUAAAGAACUAGAGACCCAGACUUAAGUAAAAGUACAAGUAUAUUUCAUUAGUAGUUGAAG